CCCUGCCCCUGCCCCCCCCCACACCCUCUCUCUUCUUUGAGGGUGAUCGGACGGGGCCGAGGCCUGCGGGCGCCCUGGGCCGGCCUUGCUAGGCCAUGUUAAAGCCUGUCUAGAGGGGCCCGGGGAGAGAGAGCGAGCGAGCGAGAGACAGACAGACACAGAGACAGACCGAGAGACAGACAGACAUGGCAGGGAGCUGGCACGACGUGUUGGCCGACCAGGCCGAGCUGCUGCUGGGGCGGCUGGAGGAUGGAGUGUGGGCCGGCCUGGGCCUCCUGCGGACCCGCCUGGGCCUCGACUUGGGGCUGGAGCCGUGGCUGAAGCGGCAGCCCCCCGGCUCGGCCGGCCUGGCCCUCGUCCUCCUCCUCCUCCUGUUGCUGCUACUGCCGCCCGUGCUCUGGGCCCUGGGCCGCCGCCUCCUCUUCCCCAGGAAGCGGCCCAGCUCCCCCCAGCAGCAGCAGCAGCAGCAACAGGCUGGGGGCCGGAGGGGCGGCAGCGGAGGCGCCCGGAACAGGGAGAAAACCCCGGGAGAUGUCCAGCAGCAGCGGAUCGAGGAGCAGAAGAGGAGAAACAAGAGAAAGGAGAAGCCAAAGAAAUCACAGCCGAAUGGGCGAGCCGGAAGUGAACCAUUAGAAGAGGAAAUUCUUCACCCGUUUGAAAAGCUAAUCGUCAAACAGCUCGAUACUGAAAAGAAAACGGAAAAGACAAAGAAAAACAAGAAGAAGCCAAAGGCAGAGAUGAAGCAACUGCAGGAUGAGCCACAGAACUGGGCUGAAGGUAAAGAAACUGAUGAAGGGGCAUGGGAAACCAAAAUCAGUAGCCGGGAAAAGCGUCAACAGCGCAGACGUGAUAAAGGCAUCAAUGAAACUUCCUCUGUGGAUUCUAGCCUACCUGCAGUUGGAUCCGAAGCUGUUCCUGCACAGCAACACACGGUAGCCUCAGCUGGGCUGGGCCCUCGGAAGACCAAAGGAGUAGAAACUGCAGUUGCUCCCGGGUGGGGUGAACAGCUAACAGUGAAUGGAGGAAGCUGGUGUGAUAUCCCAGUGAAGCUGCCCAGUCAGGUUAAUGCGACUAAGGAUGAUAAAUGGCGACAAAUGCCAGUAUUGGCAAAUGCAAAAAGAAGUCCAGAUCAACCUGCUUGGGGCCAGGAAGGCGGUGAUACCAAUGCAGGGACAAAAGAAUGGGCAGUACCCUUAGUCGAUAAGACUUGGAGUGAGCAUGCACUUUUCCCCAGCAUUGGGGCUUGGGCUGGUGUCAAUGACAGGAUGAAUACCUCAGAGCAGAAACCUCCUUUCUCAAAUGUGGGGACGAAAGCUGCGGUGGCCGGUGCCUCCAGUGAGCCAGCCUCCCAAUCAAGCACUGCUGAUCCUCACUGGGAUGCUAACCCUGCUCCCAGCCCUAUUGACGAUGCCUGGUCUGGAAUAAAUGGAACUUCAACAGCUGAUCCAAGCUCUGACUGGAAUGCUCCAACGGAAGAAUGGGGAAAUUGGCUGGUGGAGGAACCGGCUCCAACUGCGCAGCCUGAAGAUGUCAUUUCAGAAACUCAGAAGUUGUCAGAUGAAGAUAAAGAGAAAGUGGACUCGGGUUUGCAAGGUUCAGCAAACAAUAAAUCAAAGAAGAAGAAAAAGAAGAAGAAAAAGGGCGAAGAGGCCACUGCUCCUGCACAAGAGACUGAGGAGCAAGAGAAGGAGUCCAUUAGUGGAGACCAGGAACAGCUUGUUGUACAAGACCAGCCCGAAAAGGAGACUGCUGCACCUGUUGAAACAAUAUGCACUAGUGAACCAGCUGAGGUUGAAGAGGCACAGCCAGUAGAAGUUGCCGAAGAGCCAGCUGUAAUUGUGGAAAAUUCUUCCCAGGAUAUCACUUCCCAAGUGCCAGAUACACUAUCAGAGACGGAAACAUCUGUCUCUGUCACUAAACAGAAUAACCUGCCUCCUUCACAAGCAAAAUCUGAAGAAAACUGGGAGUCACCGAAGCAGAUCAAGAAGAAGAAGAGAGCAAGAAGGGAAACAUGAGCUUUUUUUUUUGUAUUCAGUGGUCAGUUGUUAUGCAAAAUAAUCCUGAAGAAAAGAAAUCUGUUUAUGCAAUAAUUUGUGAAAAUGUACAGAAUUUUAUAGAAGAAAAUUUGACUGUAAUUUUUAUUAAAACUUAUUGCAAUGUGCAUGAGCAAACUUGAUUUGAUACAAUGUAACAAACUUCAAGUGAAACACACCGAUGCUGUCUACAGCCACGUUCAUGCUGGGUCUAAGUUUGUUGACACUAGGAAACAUGCUAUUUUUGUCCUUUAAUUUUUUUCUUAAGGGUUUGGGGGAAAAAAAAAUCUGUGCAGAACCAAAUCAUAACAUUGUGACCAUUGGCUCCACGCUAGAGAUUCGCGACUAAAGUUGACUUUUAACUUCAGAAACUGGGCCGUUACGAAGGGUGAUUUCUAGGGAGAGUCAUGCUUUUCUGUUUUUCUCAUAUACACACACACACACACACACACACACACACACACACACACACACACACAAACUUGGGUUUGCUUUCAAAGGAAUGGAAAAGCUGCAGUCAUUCUUGGGAGGGAGCAGGAGAGUCUUUGAAUUACGGAAGGCACAUCACUUUAGAAAAACACAUAGUCAAACACUUUGAACAUGGUGUUCAAACGGUAUAGGGUUGAGCGUAAAGCAAAAGAUAAAAAGGGAAGGAGACAUUUAGAUAGCUUUAAUAUUUGUGGACAGAAUUACAAUUUAUAUCAGGAAUGACAUUUUACUGCCUUAACCUGUAGUGUAUAGAGAGAAAGGUGUUUAGAUAACAAAGGGAUAUUACAGUUUUCUAAGAAUCAUUUAAAUGCCGAUUCAUAACAAUAGGAGGGUGGGUGGGUUGGGAUAAAUUAGCAGUUGCGUAUGGUGGGAAGCUGUUUAGCGCCAAUUAACAUUGGAGAGACACUGCAAAAUAUCCAGCUGUUUAUAGACAGAUUUUCUUUUUUUUAAAAAAAAAGUCAGUCUUGAGAUGCCAUUCCUCUACUGAUUAAAGUGGGCCUCGUCUAACCUGCAGUUCGGUUCUGCCAAAAAUUUACCCCUGCUCCCAAAAACUCGUAGGAGUUGACACCAUUCAGUAGUCAGUCACUAGACUUUGCCAAGCAGCAUGAACCCGAUGGAUACCAAUCACUUGGCAGCAGGAAGAGCUGCUGCUGGGUCCGAGGGCCUCAUUGCUAGUGCUUUCACACAGCUUAUCACUGUUAAGAAGGCUAACAACAAGAGAGGGAAGCAAAUCAAAUUGGAUAAGAGCAAACGGAAAUAAAGGGUUUAUAAAUAGCGGUCAGAGUUAAAGCACAAGUGUUUAAAAAUACAAAUUGUUAAAAUGAAAUAGUCUGGGCAGAACCUCAACCAGAGCCCUGCAGGUAAAGAUUCUAGUUUCUACUUUACAGUGUUGGCAUCUGAGUAUUGUUAGGAACGACUGGUGAAUGCUAUGCCAUGUGCAUUGUUUAAUAACUUUACCAAAUGUACAUUCUAUUGAUGAGGACCAUGGUAUUUUACACCACCUACUUGAGUUAACCUGAUCAUCGUAAGCCAUGAUUAUUGUUUUUGAAUGAGUGUGAAAUGUUCAUGCUGCACAGCGAAGAAAACGGAGCAUAAAGUUUAAAUGAGCUGAUACUAAUGGUACUUAGUCCACUAAUCUACUGUGUCAUGACUGUUACUUAGUUUGGUGACACCAGAUUGCUAAGGUUUUGCAAAGUUUAAAUAAUGAGUGUCAUUAUGCUCCCAGUAACCUGCCUUAAUUGGUUAUGACGUGGUAUUUGUUGUGCUUUCGUAAUUACCUUGAUUACUAAAGUUAAACAAAUGUAUUUAUACCUGUUUCAGAAACAUAGCAAGUAUGUUUACAUGUUCUAAAGUUUGUUAAAAUGCAAUGAAUUUCUAAGUUGAUUUGUUCAAAUAAAUUUAGCAAAUUAA